CAGAAGAAAUCAAGAAGCUAGAAAUCACUUUCUGAAGUUGUCUGCGCUGCUCUAAAGAUAAUGUGACGAAAUUAACAAUACACUCAAAACGCGAUAUUCAAAGCGAUUCAUUCCCGCUUUGACUGUAACCGCGCAAAAGCGAAUUCAUACCAGAGACAUUAUUCGCAUGUCUUUUUCAUUCUCAAUUUUUUGCACAUACAGUUAACUAGUCUGUCUCUUGUCGGGAUGUCUCAGUCACAGCCCGAACGCGAACGGGGCUCAGGCCCGCUACCUAACCGUUGGCUCUACUGUCCACGAAAAAGUGACAUAAUUAUUGCGGAGCGGUUUCUCGCCUUCAAGACGCCGUUAAAUCAGUCUUUCCAAGACAAAAUGCCCAUUGAAUGCACCUUUCGCCCCGAGAUGCUCUUUGAUUAUUGCAAGACGCUGAAGUUAAAACUAGGCCUCUGGAUUGAUUUGACGAAUACAAAACGGUUUUACGAUCGAAGCACAGUGGAAGAACGAGGCGCACAGUAUAUUAAGCUACAGUGUCGUGGUCAUGGCGAAACACCAUCACCGGAGCAGACUCACAGCUUUAUUGAAUUAGUUGACAACUUUAUCAACGAGCGACCAUUCGAUGUUAUUGCUGUGCAUUGUACGCACGGUUUUAAUCGGACUGGAUUUCUUAUUAUCUCUUAUAUGGUGGAGCGUCUGGACUGUUCUGUAGAAGCUGCACUUGCCGUAUUUGCCAAUGCACGACCGCCUGGCAUAUACAAGCAGGAUUACAUUAAUGAGCUCUUUCGCCGCUAUGAAGAUGAGGAAGAUGCUCCACAAGCCCCAGAGCAGCCCAACUGGUGUCUGGAGUACGAUGACAGCAGUGGCAACGACCACAUCAGCACCGACAGCAGAAAACGUCACUACGAUGAUAAUUACUCUUCCACUUCACAGCAGGCUGCAGCGGCAGCAAUUGAGGGUGGGGUGGUAGCAGAUGAAGAAGAUGAAGAAGACGCCGAUUCAAAUGCAAAUUGUGAAGAAGACUGCGCGACAGGCGAUAGCCCACAGAAAAAAAAACGACGAAGAGAGUGGAUUGUAAAAAAUGCAGCCUUUAUGGCUGGUGUACCUGGCGUGAGGCAAGUAACGGAUCAGCCGCGUGUUACUGAGCUACAGCACAGGGUGCAAAACUGGUGCAACUGGCAGAAAAGCGGCUUUCCGGGCGCUCAGCCCGUAUCAAUGGAUAGGCACAAUAUUAAGAAACUCAGUGAGAUGCCAUAUAGGGUUUCUUGGAAGGCUGACGGGACACGGUAUAUGAUGCUUAUAGAUGGACGUAAGGAGAUCUACUUUUUUGAUCGCAAUCACUCCUGCUUUCAAGUAGAAGCCAUGGCCUUUGUAAAUGGCAAAAAUUUGCACGAGCAUCUUGAUGGCACGUUGCUAGAUGGAGAAAUGGUGCUAGACAAAAUUGGCGAGACAGUAACGCCGCGAUUUCUUGUUUACGAUAUCGUACGCCUUGCGGGUCGUGAUGUGCGCGAAGAGUUCUUUUUUCCACAUCGCCUGGACUAUAUUAAAAAUGAUGUUAUAGGUCCACGCAUCCUUGCCAUGAAGCACGGAAUCAUUAACCGCGCCCUGGAGCCGUUUAGUGUGCGGAACAAGGAUUUUUGGGACAUACGUACAUCGGCACGUCUUUUGGGCGAAAAGUUUUCACGUUCGCUGGCACACGAGCCCGAUGGUCUCAUUUUCCAGCCCUCACAGCAGCCGUAUACAGCCGGCGUAUGCGUCGACGUCUUUAAAUGGAAACCGCAUGAGCUUAACUCAGUGGACUUUCGUCUUAAGAUAAUAACAGAGCGUGGCGAAGGCCUGUUAACCAAAAAGGUUGGUUUUCUUUAUGUGGGCGGUCAUGACGCUCCCUUCGGCCGUAUGCAAAAGCUUACAAAGGAGAUUCGCGAGUUAGACAACAAAAUUGUUGAAUGCACCAUGAACCAAUUUGGCAAUUGGGAUUAUAUGCGUGAGCGAACGGACAAAAAGUUACCCAACAGCUUUAACACCGCCGUAUCCGUCGUAGAGAGCAUUAAGCAUCCAAUCACCAAGGAAUAUCUACUAAGUUUUAUUGCGAAUUUCGGAUUUCGCGAUGAUCAUACAAUGAUGCCGCCUCCAGCCGUACAGCGACGUUAGCAAUGCUAAGCAGCUAUCUCAUCUCCUGCACCACAUCCACCACGUAGACACUCCUGACACACACAUUAGGAAAUUAAUAAACCAUAACAAAAAGAA